AUGACUCCCAGUCCUCCAGAUGAAGCUAUCCAUAUCCGUGGAAAGACCCUGACUCCCGAGAGUCCACGUCCGCUCCACGUCCCGGAGCCAUCCAAUAUCCCGCUGCUGCAGAAUCAGAUGGAUCCGGCCUUCGACGAUACCGCGACACAUGAGGCAGAGACGCCCGAGCCCAGUGAAGACCAUAUGCAGCUGUAUCAGCGUGCUCCGGAGGAUGGGUCAUUUCCAGGACUAGUCAAUGGCGGGAACAAUCAUGAUGGUGGUGCUACCGGUGGUGGAAAUGAUGAGGUUGAUGUUGACCAUGGGGUGGGAUCAGGCCCAGUGCAGGGCCAGAAAACAGGUAGCUUCCACUCUGAACCUUUACAGAUGGAUGGAUCAGAUCGAUCGAUCCACACGAAUGAGACUUGUCUUUCGACGGCUGCAUUUUCAUCGAACGAUGCGUCCUCGGCGAUGUCGGAGCCGGCAGUACAACCUGCUCUAACCACUCUUCCUUCAGAUCCUCCUCAACCUCCUCCUCCCCCUUUAGAUCAGCACCAAGCCACCUUCCACAAUCCCUCUCAAGCCUCCCAUGCGGCUCUCGACUCUGCCCCCUAUCAGCUAGGGUCCUUUGCGAACGAGGUAGAUACUGCAACAGGUCCCAAGUCGACGCAGCCAACGGCGCCUGGUGAUGACCUACAGGUCGGGGAUGGCAGCAAGGACACAGCUCCCAGCGCGGCCGAAGAUGGCGUCGAUUUCCAGAAUCUCCUCGAUAAUCUUACCCCGUCUGCCUCGGCAGCUCCGUCCGACCCAGCUGUCGCUGCUACGGCCUCAUCCCCUGCGGGCGACUCCACCCUUCCUCAAUCCGCAGCAGAUAGCUCUCUGCCAACCCCUGCUGGCCUUCCCCCGCGACCUCCGCCCCAGGAGAAGCAUUCCAUUCACCCCAAUUAUGCACCCAGCGAUGAUAUUCGUUCCUAUCAUCAGCUUCCUUCUCAGAAUACCAAUACCUCUGCCACCGCCUCCUACGCGCCACAGCAGAGCAAUAAUUACCAAACAAAUAAUGCUGGACUCUCACAGCUGGUAGCAGCGGCUCCUGGUACUGCUCCGGGCACGUCGUCGGGUGCGAAUGGCUUACCGCCGCCUCCAGGAGCGACUUUUCAGCAACAACAGCAACAGCAACAGCAAUCCCAGCAAUCUCCUGUGACGCCCCAAGAAGCUUCGACGCAGUCGAGUCAGAAGGGCACCAGGCUGGAGAGAUACAAUGGCAGGCAAUCGCAGGCCGGAGAUGAUGAAGCUCCCUGGCCACCCGAAAUCCAGAAGAAGUAUGACGAAUUUCUUCACGAUGAACGGGUUUAUGUCACUGAAGGUCACUGGGAUCGCUUUCCACCGGGUUCCAGACUGUUUGUUGGGAACCUGCCUACGGAACGAGUGACAAAAAGAGAUUUGUUUCAUGUCUUCCAUAAAUACGGGAAACUCGCGCAGAUUUCUAUCAAGCAGGCUUAUGGUUUUAUCCAGUUCUUCGACGCUAAUUCUUGCUACGAAGCUCUUCAAGCAGAGCAAGGAGGAGUGGUGAGGGGCAGGAAAAUACACCUCGAGAUAUCGAAACCGCAGAGGAACAGUCGCCAAGGACCUCCGCCACCCGAGCCUCCCCGUGCUUCCGCGUCAAGACGUUCUAGAUCACCUGAAUAUGGUCGUGGCGGAACAGGAGGUGGCCGAAGCACACGGUCCCAGGGAGGAGACCGCCUUGACCGGUCUUACGAUUCGGGAAGGCCACCUUUUAGUGACUUCAGAGACGAACCUGGGCCUCGCCGUCGUGACGAUUAUCGCCCCCCACGGUCUCCUUCUCCUCGCGGCUUCAGGGGCCGAGAAGAGUAUCGGCCUCGGGAUCGAUCGCCCGACAGAUAUCGGCGGCGGUCAAGAUCUCCAUAUGGAAGAGACCGACGAUACAGGAGUCCCAGCCCCCGGGGACGAGCGGGGUAUGACAGCGAUUCAGACCUCCCGUUCCCGCGACGUGCGCCAAGGGACGUACCGGAUGUGCAGAUCAUUGUCCUGGAUGACGUUGAAAGGAACUUUAUCUUCCAUGUUGAAAGCGCGUUUAAGAAUCGAGGUCUUCGAAUCGACGUGUUGAUGCUGCCUCCCCGGGUUUCUCUUUCUGCAACGGUUCAACGUCAGAUCAAUGAAGGAGUUCUCGCGGUUGUUAAACUUUCUCGAAGCAACCAAUACUCCGGGAAAAUCCCGUUGCAGGUAUUUGACCGCAGUGGGGGAGCGGGCAACGUUCGCUUUAAUGAAUACUCUGAACUCGAAUUGAGUGUUGCGGCGGAAAUGGCCGUUCACGCCCAGUCCCUGCAACGGCCUGGUGUCAACCCUCCUGUUUACCCGCCGAAUCCGGCCUUCCCUGCUGCCUCUCAGUUCCCUCAAGCGCAGCCGCAACCACAGACUGCUGUUCCGGCUCUUUCGAAUCCCAGCCAGAUCGCCCAGCUCAUCUCGAGUCUGGAUGGACCUACACUUCAGUCGUUGUUGGGAGCUCUUCAACAGGCGCAGACGGCCCCGCAGCCCACGCAGCAGCCGUUUCCUGCUACGCAAACCGGCAAUCCUGUCGAUCUUGCAAGUCUGCUCAGCAACGCGACUCGUCAGCAAAAUCAGAUGCCACCUGUUCAGAGUCAGCCACCGUCCCAACCGAUCCCUGCGCAGCCAUUUGGCAUGCCGGUGCAACAACAACAGAACGCCUCUGUUGUUCCUGAUCCCAAUUUGAUCUCGCUUCUGGCCAAGGGUCUCGGCGGUGGAAAGCCACCGCAGAAUCAGGCAGCAGUUGCCCCUCAAGUGCAGAACAUUGUGAAUCAGCUGGCGAAGUGGAAGCAGUAG